CCGAGCACUCGGCUGAAAGACUGCGGUCACUAUCUGACUCCUAGACAUCGAGUGUGAAUGGAAGAGUUAUUUUUCAUCGCUUGCUAUGACUCUCAGUGACCAGGAGGUGUGCUAAAUGUGAGCCUGAUCCACAAACAACAAACCAGAGACACAAGGAACAAGAGCUGAGGAGACUCGCAGAGCUUCACGUCAGAGCAACAGAAGGAAAGCUACCAUUUCUACCAACUAAGAAUCAUUUAAAAAAAGGACACAUGAAUGAACAGAAGCCAGCGUGAACGUCUCGAGAACAACAUUUUCAGAUAGACCUCACAUCAGAGACAGAAUGCUUUAAGGACGGCAACCCUUAUAGAGCUCCUCCACAAAAGAUAAGAGGCUCUUAUUGAGGUGAUCCCACAGCAAAAGAAACGUCUUCAUUCAAACCAGAAGUAGGGUGACCUUAUCAUGGAUAUUUUCGGAGGUGCUCCUCGAGUUCUGGGCUACCCACGCCCUGUGCUGGUACAGUGUGGCACAGACGCAACCCUGAGGUGCCAAAUUGGUGGUGACCCUCGUCCUGAUGUGAUCUGGGAGCGUAAAAACAUCCAAAUCUUGUCUGAGGGACGCUACAAGCUUUCUGAGGAGGGGAAAGCUUACUCACUAACCGUUACUGGAGUAACUCUGCAGGAUGCUGGCCAGUAUAUUUGCAAGGCCAUAAAUAGCGUAGGUGAAACAUGUGCAGCAGCCUCUCUAAAAGUGGAGGGAGAGGCCCAGCAGGUCAAUGGUAUGCAGCCACCAAUGAAGGAAAAUGGAGGAUUUGAAGGACAUCAGAAUGGAUACAGCACGGUGAAUAAUGGUGAACACAGGAAACAACAAGAGGAGGUUGAUUUAACGUCUGACGAUAAACCGCGAUUCCUCAUCAAGCCCCUCUCUUUGCGCGUGGACCGCGGAGAAGAUGCUGCCUUCUCCUGCAAAAUCUGGGGCACGCCUCUGCCUGAGGUGACGUGGGAGAAAGACGGGAAGAAGCUGAAUGAUAUAUUUGAGAGUGCACACUAUAAUAUAAGCAAUCAAGAUGGCAACUGGUUCCAGCUCAAGAUCUACAGGACGCGCAUGCCGGACAAAGGAGUCUACACCUGCAGGGCCGUCAACCGCAAUGGCGAGGCCUUGGUCGGUGCCGUCCUUCUUGUUGAGCCCGUACCGGAGCGAGAGGAGAGUAAAAUGUCCUCGAACGGUCAAACUAACAGCCAGUGGUCGCCGAAGCAAAGAAGCGGGAGGCUCAGUCUGUCGAGGGUCAUAGAGGAGCCACCUGUCAGGGUGUCUAAAGCCAAGAAGUUUGCCGUGGCAGAGGGUAAACACGCCAAGUUCCGCUGCUUUGUGACAGGGAAGCCAAAGCCGGAGAUCAUUUGGAAGAAAGAUGGGAUUCCACUACUACCCGGGAGGCGCCAUCUGAUAUUUGAGGACAGAGAGGGUUACUACACGCUGAAGGUUCUGUACUGCAAAGUGCAAGAUACAGGACUGUAUGUGUGUGCAGCUUCAAACGCGCUUGGAAACACCCUCAGCGCUGUUCACCUGUCAGUCAAAGGUCCGGUUGUGCGGUUCAGGCGUCCAUUAAGAGACGUGGAGGUACAGGAGAGGGAAGUUGCCGUGCUGGAGUGUGAGGUACCUGAUGAGUCGCUCCCCUCUGCCUGGUACCUGGAGGACCGGCGGCUGAUGCCCAGCAAUAAAUACGGGAUGGAGCAGAAAGGAACCACACGAAGACUGACCAUCCAGGAUGUUGGGAUGGACGACGAUGGAGUUUACCUCUGUGAGAUGCCGGAUGGAGGGAAGAGCAUCGCAGAGCUAUCAGUUAAAGGUUCUAUUGUUCGUAAACUUCCCCGGAAGCUGGAGGUCCUGGAGGGGGAGAACGCUGUGUUCUGCGUGGAGGUGGAGCACGAUGAUAUGGAGAUCCUCUGGUUCAAAGACGGCUUGAUGCUUCACGAGACUCAGCAGACCAUCCUGAAGUCAUUUGGCAGAACGCACAUUCUGGUCUUUGUCAACGUGGCCUAUCAAGAUACAGGGGUAGUUACUUUUGUCUCAGGGAGAUCCAAGACUUCAUCGCGUCUCAAAGUCAAAGCAACAAGACAUCUUCCUCCUAUCUGCCCCGUGGAAGCCAAAAUGAAUGUGGAUGGACUCAACGGCGCUCUUCUCACCUGGGUUACUGCUCCCAACAGCCAGACCUCCACCCGAUCCAUUUUUGUCGUGGAGAGACAGGCAGUGGGCUCCCAAGAAUGGCAUAAGUGUUUCACCUCAGAGAGCGCCACUUCAGCGGAUAUCACCAGCGACAGCGUUCCGUGCGAGGGCGACUACCGGUUCCGGCUCUGUUGCAUCAACAAGUACGGGCGAAGCGGCCAUGUGGAGUUUCCCAAAGUUGUCCAUAUAGUUCCUGGGCCAAAGAUCUGCAGCAGGCUCAAAGGUUGUGAGGUUCUGGAAGGAGAAGAAGCUAAGUUCUCCAUCGAACUGUCUGCACCAAUGGUUGGAACUUGGUUUUUGAACAGCGCUCAACUGCAGCAUGGCGGACGGUUUUCAUUACAACAGUCCCAAACGCGGCACUCAUUGGUAAUCUGUGAAACUCGCACCGCAGAAGACUCGGCAGAGGUCACGUUCAUAGCCAAUGGAGUCCGGGAUUCAGCUGUGCUCAAAGUUAUACGUAGGUGUAACAUCUGGUAUUUCUGUGAAAUUAAAAGCUUCUUUAAACGUCUGGGAUUUAUGUAUUUCUUGGAGUUUCUUCAAUUUUUUCUUUUUUUCUUUAUAGCUGCUGUGAUCAAAUUCAGUCCACAGUCAAACGUGGACAGCAAUAAGAGGGUGGAAACUGGUGACGCCAUUGUACUCUACUGUGAAGUCUCCCACCCUUUCGCAAAAGUCUGCUGGUUUAAAGAUGGCCAGGAGCUCCAAGUGACAGACGGCCUUAACAUCCAAUCAGAUGGGAACAUGAGGAGGAUUGUGAUUCAAUCAGCUGAUGCGUCCCGCUCUGGAGUUUAUACAUGUGAAACUUCUGGAGAUGUCAUUACAUUCAAUGUGGACGUUGCAGGUCCUUCUGUGGAGUUCAGUCCGAUCCCAAAAGAGGAUCUUCAUAAGAGCAGCAUGGAGCUGGACCCCGUAGUGCUGCUAUGCAAUGUCUCCCAAGAUGAUGCCGAAGUCGUGUGGUAUAAGGAUGGCUGUGAGAUCCAGCCCACUGAAAACAUCACUCUGCAGGCAGAGGGAACCAUGAGGAGGCUGAUCAUCCGCUCUGCAGAAACUUCAGAUGCUGGCAGCUACACCUGCCAGACAGGAAACAAUAGCAUGGACUUUACCGUCAAUGUUAGAGAGCCUCCAGUGAUGAUUGUGGAACCUAAGGAUGAUAUUGUGAUGGAGAGCUACAUCUCAGAGGAGGUCAACCUGCAGUGCGAGUUGUCUCGCUCCAGUGGGAAGGUGCGCUGGUAUAAGGAUGGCCAGGAGAUGGAUGAAAGUGACAAUGUAAAGCUGAUAUCUGAAGGUCCUUACAGGAGGCUGACCAUCCUCAACGGCUCAGUGGGCGAUGGCGGAGAGUAUGUUUGUGAAACAGAUGGAGACUCUGUCUUUUUCCAACUUAAUGUCAAGGAGCCCCUGGUAAGAAUCAUUUCCCCAAGUGAACCAGAGGUGGAACUGACACAUUCGGCAUCCGAGAGGAUGGAGCUCAGCUGUGAGAUCUCUCAGGCGGAUGCCCCGGUCCGCUGGUACAAAGACAGCAUGGAGGUAGAGGAGAGUCCUAACCUGAUCCUGGAGGUGGAUGGGGCCCAUCGCCGGCUUGUUAUACCCUUUACAUCUGUGGAUGACGCAGGGGAGUACAUUUGUGACACUGAAGAUGACUCUGUGUCCUUCCUGGUCACUAUUGACGAGCCCCCAGUAACUCUUACUCGUCCAGAAAACACGCCGGAGAAACUGGAGAGUUUUGCUGGCAAACCAAUCGUCCUGGAGAUCGUAGUGUCCCGGCCUGGUGCCGAAGUGAAGUGGUGGCUAAAUGGCAGAGAAGUAGAGGAGAGCAGUAACAUUGCAAUCACUGAGGAAGGGCUCAUCCAUCGUCUGACGAUCCACUCUGCCACCCCAGAGGAUUCUGGGAAAUACACCUGUGACGCUGCUGAGGAUAAAAUAGAUUUUGAGGUUAAAGUUUCAGAGCCACCAGUGAAGAUCCUAAGAAAGUCAGAGAUUAAGAUAAAUCUGAAAUCUCUGAUUUCUGAUGACAUUGUGCUGGAGUGUGAGCUCUCCAGAGCCAAUGCUGUCAGCAAAUGGUACAAGGACAACUGUCGUGUUGAGGACGAUGAAAGGUUCUGCCAAGAGGAAGAAGGGGCUUUCCGCUCAUUGGUCAUCCUCGCCGCUGAACUUGGAGACUCGGGAGAGUACUUCCUGGAUGUCGGAGAUGACAAUAUCAGCUACCAUGUUAUAGUAGAAGAGCCGCCAGUGACAAUAACUGGCAACUCAAAUGACUCUGACAACCAGGAGAUGGUGGCAGGCGAUGAACUGAUCCUGGCCUGUGAAGUGUCCCGUGCCAACGCCCCCGUCCAGUGGUUCUGUAAUGAGAAGUUGCUAACCAGUGACUCCCGGACCUACAUUGAGAGCUAUGGCACUCUGAGGAAAAUUAUCAUCUCAAAUGUUCAACCCUCAGACUCUGGGAAAUACGUGUGUGAUGCUGGGGACGAUAAGAUGAUCAACGUUGUCAAGAUUCAAGAACCUCCAGUUACGUUUGUGAACAAGGAGGAUGACAUUGUAGUGACAGGUUACGAAGCAGAGAGCGUGACUUUGGAAAGCUACGUUUCCAAGGAAAACGCCAUGGUACGUUGGAUGAAAGACUGGACGCCUGUUGAAGGUGAACGUACCCAAGCUCUCGUGGAGGGCCAUAAGCGCACCCUAACAAUCAAUCCUUUGAGACGCUCUGAUGCUGGCGAGUAUACAUGUGACGUCAACACAGACCAGAUCCGCUUCGGCCUGCUGGUGAAAGAAAAGAGGAUAAAGUUUGUGAUGCCACUACGAGACACUGUGGCCCAUGCAGACGGUAUGGUGACCCUUCGCUGUGAGGUGUGCAAGCCAAAAGCAGAUGUCCAGUGGCUGAGGAAUGGAGAGGAGGUGGUUCCGGGCAGAAGGUUCACUAUUCGGGCGGAUGGAGUUGAGAGAAGCCUGACCAUCCACCGUUUAAUCAAAGAGGAUGCUGGAGAGUAUGCCUGUGAGUCCAAAGAUGACCGGAGCGUGGCAAUGCUGAGAGUUGAGAUGCCAAGAGUAGUGGAGUUCCUCACAGAGCUCCACAACACCACUGUGCUAGAAGGAGAAGAUGCUACGUUCAAGUGUGUGGUGUCCCCUGAGGAUAUCCAGCUGGUCUGGCUCUUAGACAAUGAGCCAAUCACGCUGGGUGAUCGUUUCCAGGCAAACCAGAACGGCCUGUGUCACACCUUGUUCAUCAAGAAGUGCCAGAUUUUGGACUGUUCUAAGAUUACAGCAGAGGCGGAGGGACAAAUGAGCAAAGCCAGCCUCAAAGUUCAGGAGGCUCAGGUCAUGUUUAUAAAGAAAAUGGAGGCCGUCAUGGCGGAAGAGUUUGGAGACGCCACCUUGGAGACAGAGAUCAGCCUGGAGACGGGAGAGGUUCAGUGGAUGAGGCAAGGAGUGGUCAUCCAGCCUGGUCCCCGACACACGCUGGCCCAGAACGGCUGUAAACGCAGUCUCAGCAUCCAAAACCUGAACCUGUCAGACAGGGGAACCUACCGCUGCGAGACUCUGCAUGACCGGACGCAGGUCAAGCUCAAUGUAGAACCACGUAAAAUCACCAUCCGUAAAGGCCUGACUGACCAAGAAACCUUAGAACGAGAGACUGCUUCCUUUGAGGUGGAGCUAUCCCACACAGAUGUGGAGGGAAUCUGGCAGAAGGAUGGCAUCAGGGUGAAAGCGAACAACCAGUGGAGGGUAAGCACCAAUGGCCUGGUCCACAGCCUCACCCUGUCCAACCUCUCCCUGGAGGACACGGGCACUAUUGUCUUCACAGCUGAAGGGGCGCGCACCAGCGCUAGGCUCACCAUCAAAGAGACUCCGGUGUCUUUACUGAAAUUGCUAACUGAUGUCAGUGUGGAGGAGGAGUUGCCAGUCACUCUGGAGUGUGAAUUCUCCAGACAAAACAUCGAAGUCAAAUGGCUUAAGGACGGGAAGGAGCUGAAGGCGGGGAAGAACUGUCGGAUCUACUCCAUGGGCCGGAAGCGGUUCUGUCAGAUCAUGCAGUGCACCCGGGCUGACUCUGGAACAUACACAUGUGACACGGGGGAAAUCAACACUUCCUGUUCACUGGAGGUUAAUGAGCAUAAGUUGGAGAUAGUGCACAAUCUGGAGGACCUUUACAUUCAGGAGGACCAGAAUGCUGUCUUCAUGUGUGAGGUUUCUCUGGAGGAGGUCCCUGGGGAGUGGUUCAAAGAAGGCCACAAGAUCCGGCCCACAAGCACCAUCAAGAUCCGCACUGAAGGGUCCAAACACUUCCUUCUGAUGUGUAACGUCAAAGCUGAGGAUGCUGGGGAAGUCCGCUUUGUAGCCAAGGAUGUUGAAUCUACAGCUUACCUCGAAGUAGAAGAACUCCCUGUUUCUAUUGUAAAACCCCUGCGAGAUCGAACGGCCCUGGAGAAACACCGCGUGAUCCUUGAAUGCACCGUUUCCACGCCACGCUCCAGCGCAACCUGGUACAAGGGCAGUGAGGAGCUGGUUUCCUCUGAUCGAAUUGAGAUCCUGUCUGACGACUGCUCACACAAACUGGUGAUCCAGGAGGUGUCUGUGGAGGAUGAGGGCACCUACACCAUCGAGGUCGGGGAGCACACAUCCAAAGCCAAACUGAUGGUGGAAGCCCAAGCCCUUGUAAUGGUGAAAGAGCUGGAGGAUGAUGAGGUAACCGAGCCUGAGGCCGCAUCUUUCCAGUGUGAGGUGUCUGUAGAUAUAAACAAGGCUCCUCUGUGGAAUUUAAAUGGAGAGACUCUUCAGACGGGCCCCUCUGUCCGCCUGGAAAGCCACGGGACGGUCCACAAACUCACCUUGAAAAACACCAGUGUGGACAUGAGUGGGGUGGUCAAGUUUACCUUGGGCAAGGCCAAGAGCAGUGCCACACUCACUGUAAAGGAAAAGUAGAGGAAGAGAGAAAAAAGAAAGUGACUGAGAGAAAGAAAGUGAGAGAAAGAAAGUGACUGCAAAAUGGGAAACUUUCAUGCCACCUUAAACUGUAAAACAUCAUGUUAAACAGUUUGCAUUUCCCUGUUCUGAAUGUAAUUCAAAUUGAUGGUAUGCAGUCAAGUUAGACAGACCGUGGAUGUUGAACUUGAGGCAUGUCAAGUUAUUACUUUUUUACCAUGUAGAUGCUAUUUAAUUGCCUGAUUUUUAAUUGACUUUACAUUAUUGUACUCUGAUAAAACGCCUCAAAAUAAAACACCAAGUAACAGUGGUUAAUAACAUGGUUCAAAUACAUGUCAUAUAUGGUUCCUAAAAGAAUGUUCCAUUAAAAUGCACUGGCACAGUUUUCUAAUAUCAA